UUUUUUGCUCAUUCAUUUAUUCUGCCUAGUUGAUUCUGAAACAACAAAGAUGAAUUACUUGUCUCGUUCACCUAACCGCAUACAUAAUCAGAUGUGUCGAGAUUUUUUUAAUUUUUUUUUUCGUUGGUUCGAGUAUCACUAAUUCCCGACCAUAGUCAUUCUGUUAUUUUGUUGUUGUUGUUGUUGUUGUUUUUGCUACGGUUAGCCACACUUAUUAUCAUACGGGAAUUCAUUCACAAACCGACAAACACGCAAACACACACGUACUCCGGAUAUCAGGAAAAAAAAUCCCAACCAUCAGAAAAUAGGAUUCAACGGGUGAAAUCCGAAUUUAGACAAGAAAAAAAAAUCAAAACAUGGCUGCUGUAUCACCAACACUGUUGGCCGUAUUAACCAUUGGUGUUGUUGCAUUAAUUCUGGGCAUUUUUAUUGGAAUGUAUACAAUACCACCGACAAUGACACCGGAAAAUGCAGCAAUUGUUAAUGAAUAUAAACGUUUAAUCAAAAAUUAUUAUGAUGGACAAAAUGAUGAUGAUCCUGUUUAUCGGGCAUUGAUACAAGGACCAGAUCCAGAUAGUAUUCGAAAAAAUAUUCAAUUAUUAUCAAUAAAACCACAUCAAGCCGGUACAAAACGUGAUGAAGAAUUGGCACAAUUCUAUAAGAAUACAUUUCGUGAUGCUGGACUGGAUCGUUUUCAUUUGAUUCCAUAUAAAGUUUUACUUUCAUAUACAAAUCCUGAUCGUCCGAAUAGAAUUUAUUUGAAUGAUAAAUCCACAAAUGCUGUUUAUGUUAUCGAUAAUCAAGAACCACCAUUAAGACCGGAUGAAAGUAUAAUAAUACCAUCAUAUAAUGGUUGGUCACCAAGUGGUGAUAUUAUUGCCGAACCUGUUUAUUGUAAUUAUGGUUUGAUCGAUGAUUUCAUUCAAUUGGAUAAUUUUCGUAUUGAUGUUAAUGGAAAAAUCUGCAUCAUACGUUAUGGCCGUACAUUUCGUGGCAAUAAAGUUGCAAAUGCUGAACGUUUUGGCUGUGCAGCGGUGAUACUUUUUUCCGAUCCAGAAUCAAUAUCAUCAUCAAAUAAUAAUGAACCUGAAUCAUUAUAUCCAAAUUCAAUAUGGUUAAAUGGUAAAGCAAUGCAAAGUGGUAGUAUACGUUUAAACGAUGGUGAUCCGUUAACACCGGGAUUUCCAUCCAUUAUUGACGGAUUUCGUGAAGAUCAUAAUGAUAAUGAACGUGUACAUCUGCCCGGUAUACCGGCACAACCAAUUGGCUAUGAUGAUGUACAAAUGAUAUUUUCCCAAAUGACCGGAAUGAGCACUGAAGAUGAUAUCAGUUUUCAAAAUUGGACUGGCAAAUUAAACACUACCUAUCGUUUAGGUCCUGGAUUUCAAUCACCAAGUUUAGAAUUACGAAUGGUAAUCAACAAUGAAAUGGUGGAAAAAAUUGUCCAUAAUGUAAUCGGCAUUUUGGAUGGUGAUGUUGAACCGGAUCGUUUUGUUAUCAUUGGCAAUCAUCGUGAUUCAUGGAGCUAUGGUGCAUUGGAUGCAUCCAGUGGUGGUGCAUCAAUGUUGGAAAGUGCAAAAAUAUUUGGCAAAUAUCAUCGUGAAACUGGAUGGCGCCCAAGACGAUCAUUAAUAUGGGCCAGUUGGGCGGCUGAAGAAUUAGGUUUGAUUGGUUCCACAGAAUGGACUGAACAAUUUGCACAAUUACUUGAACGUGAAGUUGUAGCUUAUAUUAAUGCAGAUAUUUGUGUUGAUGGACCAUAUUUAAAUGCUGAUUCAUCACCAUCAUUAGCAUCGAUUUUAAUCGAUUCAACUAAACGUAUACCAGCACACAAAAUCAACAAUAAUGAUGAUGAUAAUGAAUCAAAUCAAACAUUAUACGAUAGUUGGUUAGCCAAUUCAAAUACAGAUGAAGUUCAUGUAGAAAUAUUAAGUUCUGGUUCGGAUCAUGUUCCAUUUGCAUAUGGUCUUGGUAUUCCAUCGAUAAAUUUACAUUUCAAACAUGAUCAGAAAAAAUAUCCCGUUAAUGGCUAUCCAGCAUAUCAUACAAAUUAUGAUACAUUUUAUAUGGUCAAAACAUUUAUAGAUCCAGAUUUUCAUAUACAUCAAUCAUGUACACGAUUGAUAAACAUGUUACUGUAUUCAUUAUCAUGUUCCACUAUUAUACCAGUGAAUUUUCGCCACUUAUCACGACAAAUUCUUGAUGAUUAUCAACGGCAAUCUAUGGAUAAAAGAUUACGUGAUAUAUUGACGGUGGAUGGUAGCCAGGAACAAAAAUCAAUCAAUUUUCUACGUGAAUCAAUGAAAAUAUUUGAUAAUGCAACGGAACAAUGGCAAAAUCAAAUGAAAAAUUUCAAUUUUACCGAUCAACCAUUAGCCAUUCGUCGUAUGAAUGAUUUAAUCAUAAUGAUUGAACGUUCAUUUGCUCAAAAAUUAUUGCCCAUGGAUGGAAAUGAAGAGUUAAAAAAUCUUUUAUAUGGAACAUUCAAUAAAGAUUUCUAUCAAACAUUGUUAUUUCCUGGAAUGAAUAAUUUAAUGGCUGAAAUUAAUGAUCAACAAUUACGAAAACGACAACAAACUAACCGUUUAACACGUGAAGAGCUAACAAGAAUUGAUCAACAAACUAAUCGUUUGAAACAAACACUGAGGCGCCAUCUGAAUGAUGUUUCAUUAGCUUUACGUAAUGCAGCUAAAUUAUUACGUAGAAAUAUUAUGCCAAUCAUUUGAUUGAUUGAUUGAUCAUAUAGAUUGAUGGAGUUUUUUUUCCAAAAACUUUUUUUAUAUA